AUGUCUCAACUCCCUGACAUCAUCGAUACACAUACAGAUGUCGGUUCUCUCGCCGACUCACUACUCGAUCUGCCGACCAACCCACCAUCACUCUACAUCGACAUUGAAGGCGUCAACCUUUCCCGACACGGAACGGUCUCCAUCCUCCAGAUCUAUGUUCUCCCUAUAGAUCGAACAUACCUCGUCGACAUCCACACGCUCAAAGGCUUAGCCUUCACCACCGACGGGAGUCGUGGGCAGUCGUUAAAAGACAUCUUCGAAUCUAAUGCCAUCCCAAAAGCCUUCUUCGACAUCCGAAACGACUCCGACGCACUGUACAGCCAUUUCGGCAUCCACGUCGCCGGCAUCGCGGACAUCCAGCUUAUGGAGCUCGCUACACGCACUGGUUCGAAGAGGUGCAUCAAUGGGCUAGCGAGAUGCAUGGAAAGGGGCGACGCUGCCAUGUCUUACGCGGAGAAAGCGAAGUGGGCUGAGAACAAGGAGGCAGGGAGGAAGCUCUUCGACCCGAAGCGAGGAGGAAGCUACGAGGUGUUUAACGUUCGUCCUGUGCCGGAGAAUAUCAAGGAGUACUGUAUGCAGGAUGUCAAGUUCCUUCCACGUCUUUGGCAGCGUUAUGAUGCGAAGUUGACUCCGCUUUGGCGUAUUAAGGUGGAUAGGGCGACUAUGGAUCGGAUCCAGCUUUCGCAGGGUGCGAGUUUCGAUGGCAAGGGACGGCACAUGGCAUUGGGUCCGUGGUGA